UUAGAACGUCAUCACUUCGACUUGAUCCACUCCGAGUCCGUAAGAUUCUCUUUGCGCCGCCCAAAAAAAAAAAACAAGAAGGAAGCAAUAAUGCCACUGUCACUAGUCCAAGCCGCUUCAGUCUCCUACUUGAGAUCCCAAUCAGCUCUUCCCAAGCCCUCCUCCUCUGUUUUACUUCUCCAAAAAUCAAUCUUUCCUGAUUCAAAGUUAACAACUUUCCGCCGGAUCCUUCGUUCCUCGAAGAAAUCGUCCCCUCGUGCUUCCCUGCUCGAGACGCCUGUCUUGUGGGCGGGUAGAAUCUGCGUCUUUUACGCGCUGGUCAGAGCUGGUUUAGCUGGAUCCAAGUCUAACCCCAUCGUCUCUGGUUUGGAGAGUGGCGGUGUUGAUGUUGAAGAUGAUGAUGGUGGUGUGGAUCUUGGUUUCUCCAAGUGGAUUCAGAACAUUAAGGGCAAACCAGAUAAGGAUGCAGCUGAUAAGAGGAAGCUAGUGAGCAAAUGGCACCCAACGACAAAGGGAACACUUAGAAGGAACUACAGGGUACCUUCCAAAGGCGAAGGAAACCGUCUCCUCAAAGCCAUUGCCUCUCUUCUCUCUGAUGAUGACCAUUUCAGAGAUGCAACAUCUCACAAGGGUUGUCAAAUACGGCGAGAGAGUGCACACGGUCAAAGCGUCUGUUGCAACAACGUUAGAGCUCUGUUCGAUGAGUUACCGACGCCGCAUUUGGUGGUUGAGAUCACACCUUUUCCAGCUGGUCCGCUUACAGAGAUUGAUUACCUUAAGGCUGAGAAGCUGGAAAAGGUUCUUAGGUCAGGCCCCAACAUCUGAAACCCUCUGCUACUCGGAGAGAGUGUUGUACCAUGAUGUGUCUAAUUCCAAAACCUUGUACAUACUCUUACCAUCUUUAGACGCUGUGAAAGUGUUGGUUUCUCGUCAAGCUUUGUAUCAUUACCAUUAUCAUGAUUAAAAGAUCGUUUUAAGGUACAUAUAAGUUUCUAUAUUAAA